CUUCUCCUGCGGCUGGUUCGCUACCCGAUUCAUCCGUUGACCUCUGUCACCUCUGGUGUUAUGGAUCUCCACUGUUUCCCGUGCUGGGGAGUUGCCCUGCUGCUUCUUUCGAUGCCAUGCGGGCACCAGUGUUUGUCAGUGCACAUCCUCAACAUGGAGCCCGUGUACGUAAUCCCCGGAUCCAGCCUGGUUCUGAAAGCUCGGAUCGAGCAGGGACCCCUGGAGGAGGUCUCCAUGAUAACCUGGGAACGGGAGUCCGAGACCGGAGUUGAUCCUGAGAGAGUGACGCUGGCCACGUGCGUCGGCACGGGCCUCAAGUGCACCGGUGCGAGGCCGAAUGUCCGCGUGAAUGCGGAGCAGCCGGGGACGACCCUUCAGAUUAAUGAAUACAGCACCGCCGACAGCGGCGUGUACGCUGUGACUCUGACGGAUCACACAGGGGCCGAGACCACUGCACACUGCAUCGUCAGGAUAUAUGAGGCGGUGCACCACGUCUCAGUCAGCAUCAACGUGUCUCACUCCUCGCUGGUGUGUGGGGAGGCCUGGGGGACAGACCCACACUUCAGCUGGCUCUAUGAGAGAGUCGCCAUCACCAAGACUGUGGGAAGUGUCUCCAAAGACGGGACGACGUUGCUUGUGACCAUGACUCCAUUCUGUGGCCACUUCACCUGCGUGGUCAGCAACAAGCUGGGCUACAGUUCCGCCACCUACACCGCAGCACCAUGUGAGAAAGAGGGCAGAGGGACAACAGCUGCUGUGGUGUGUCUCGUCCUCCUCCUGCUGCUGUUUGGGGGAGUGCUGGCAUUUCUGCUGUGGAGGAGACACAGGCACAGCAGCAGAGGAGAGAGGCUGCACGAACAUUUGGAUGACACCAUCUAAAAAAGGUCUCAGAUACACUUCUAUUACUCAGAGGUCUCAGAGAGGAGAACAGGAAAUGGACUGGAACUUCCUGUCCUGUGAGCAGUAUGACCUUACGCUGCAUUGGAACAAUGUGAAGAGCGAACUGCUUGCUGGCGAAGAAAAAUAUAUCUAAAAAUGGAUAUACAGCCUGAAGUGCCAGCAAUGUUUUACACUUCCUCCUGCUGGGCUGCACUUUACACUGUGUAUUCAAUAGAGUAAUCGGUUUGUAUCAGCUGUGUAUUGUAUGAAAUGUAAUGUACUGCCUUCAUAAUAAAAAUACU